AUGGCCUGGUAUGGAGUUGCGAGGGCGUCCGAAUACCUCGCUAUAACUGGAUUCCAGGUGAGUGACAUCAAGCUUGCCAAGAAGGCAUGGAUCCUACCAGGGCAGUCCUCCACAGUGUUCGAUAUCUUGCCAGUCAACUACACGUUCGAGAUGCAGGCCAUGAGCGCCGAGAAGCUCCCGUUCCUCCUCCCCGCUGUUUUCACAAUCGGCCCCCGCUCCGACGACAUGGAGAGCCUCCUCAAGUACGCCAAGCUCAUCUCCCCCCACGACAAGCUCUCCAACCACGUGAAGGAGCUCGUGCAGGGGGUCAUCGAGGGGGAGACCCGCGUGCUCGCAGCCUCCAUGACUAUGGAGGAGAUCUUCAAGGGCACCAAGUCCUUCAAGGAGGAGGUCUUCGGGAAGGUGCAAUUAGAACUCAACCAGUUCGGCCUGCUGAUCUACAACGCCAACGUUAAGCAACUCGUCGAUGUUCGAGGACACGAAUACUUCUCCUACCUCGGCCAGAAGACCCAGCAGGAGGCGGCGAACCAGGCGAAGGUGGACGUAGCCGAGGCGAGGAUGAAAGGCGAAAUCGGGUCCAAGAACCGGGAGGGGCAGACCCUCCAGUAUGCCUCCAAGAUCGACGCAGAGACGAAGGUGUACUCGACGCAGAGGCAGGGAGAGGGCGCGAAGGAGGAGAUCAAGGUGAAGACGGAUGUAAAGAUCUUCGAGAACAAGAGGGAGGCUGAGGUGGUCGAGGCCAACGCGGAGCUGGCAAUGAAGAAAGCCGGGUGGACCCGGCAGGCGCAGGUAGCGGAGGUGGAGGCGGCGAAGGCGGUGGCCCUAAGAGAGGCGGAGCUGCAGAUGGAGGUUGAGAGGAGGAACGCACUGCGGCAGACCGAGAAGCUCAAGGCAGAGAAGCUAAGCACAGCCAUCGUAGACUACGAGAUGAAGGUACAUAACAUAGCUAUCUUGUUAAGAAAUUGGGCCGAUGAGUUCAUUGUUAUCUUUGUAAGAUAACAAUUAAUAUUUUUUGAUGGCCUAAAACCUGUUAAAAAUAACGUGACUCGAGUUCGGAAUUACCUCAUAUUAAAAAUAUAUCAUUCUUGUAACCUAUUUACGUAUUAGUCGAUUCAUUUUUGAAUCAGGUGACUCGAGAUUUCAAAUAUUUCCCUUGUUUACCAUAACCCGAUGAUCCCUUCACAAGUGACGUAACACUGGCUGACAACAUUCUCCCUUUGACGGGAAAAGGUGCAAGAGGCCAACUGGGAACUCUACCAGAAGCAGAAGGCGGCAGAAGCCACGCUCUACCAGCAGCAGAAGAUCGCCGAAGGGCUCAGGGCCGCCGCAGAAGCGGCUUUCUUCUCUCGGCAGCAGGAGGCGGAAGCCGAGCUCUAUGCCAAGAAGAGGGAAGCCGAGGGGUUGGCGGCGCUGGCGGACGCCCAGGCCACCUACUUGAAGAAAUUACUGGAGUCUCUUGGAGGCAACUACGCCGCGCUGCGGGACUACCUCAUGAUCAACGCCGGACUCUACCAGGAAGUCGCCAGGGUCAACGCUGACGCGGUGAAGGGACUGCAGCCGAAGAUCAGCGUUUGGACGAACGGCAGGGAGAACGGUGAGGGAGGCGCGAUGAAGGAGGUGGCCGGGCUGUACAAGAUGCUGCCGCCGUUGUUUAAGACCGUGGAAGAGCAAGUAGGGAUGCUGCCGCCUGCCUGGAUGGGGACACUGAACUCCGGCUCCUCCGCACACUGA